AUGCUACAAACGGCUGCUAAGCAGCUGAGGGCCCUGCCUUUAGGUCUCAUUGACGAUGUGCUCUUUCAAAUCAUAAUUAAUUGUGAAAUUGGUACAGUCUUGAACCUCUGUCUCCUAAACAAGGCUACCUAUGAGGUGAUAAAAAUCCUCGAGCCACAUAUUUGUGGAUGGUUCAUGCGUUCUCGUGGGAUCCUUGCAUUUGAUCCCAUUCUCACUCUGGAUCCGUGGACGGGUGAACAAAAUGCCAUGACAAUGUCCACACUUCGGAGAUUUCUUGACCGUCAAGAUAUCGCACAGAAGCUCGCCCGCUAUAUUGUUCCCUCUGUGUGGGGUUCAUUCUCGGAUAACGAGACACCGGUAAUAAACAUUGAUGCAGAAAUUCAACUCGCCCAACGGUUGGAGCGCGGACUUUAUGUGCUUUUUCACAUGUCAGAUAUUGCAUAUGAUACGACGAAGUUGAAACGGCGGAAGUCUUUAGCACCAGUGAUCACCGGACGACUGUUGGUGUUGACUAAUAUGCUUGACGAAUACCAUCUAUUUUCGCCACGCAAGCGAGAUGCGAUAUCUUUCGAAAAGCACGCCCAUCAUGUCCAAAGUGUCCUGAAGUAUGGCUAUAGAGAGGCCGACAUUGGUAGGGGACGGCUAAGAUUCAGAAGCUACCUUGAUACACAGACAGAGAUUGAUUUCCAUGCUACAUAUCGAAUGUUGCGGGAGCUAAUGGAACGAAUGCUUCUUCGACACGGUCCAAAGGACUGGCACCGAGACGCAAAUAAUGAAAAUAGUGUAAUCUCAUGGUUUCUUUUGAAACAGUCGCCACGGUCUCUGGCAAAGCUUUUCCUGGGUCCCCAAGACGACUGCUGCACCUUCGAAGCGAAGACAACGAAUUGCAGUAGAUGCCAGGGGUGUGACUGCAAGCGCCGUAUCAGGAGUUGGAGCGUGAAACCAGCAUUGAUUGAUGCUCGCGGGCGAGUCUUCAACCGUGCUGCAGAACGGUACCUGAAAAAGAUGUGGAAUCCUUUCCUCCAGGUUCAAGCAGACGUUCUCUCCACGCUGCAAACAACAAGACCUCUUUUCUCAUCAUAUCUUCGCAUUCGCUCCCUGGCCAAGUCUCCAUCAAACCCUGAGCUUCAGCAAUCCCGAACAGAACUUGAGACCACGUUGACAGACCUCAGUGCGGACCUUGACGAUCUAGUCGAAAGCGUUCGAGCAAUCGAGCAAGAUCCAUAUCGCUAUGGUCUGGAGCUGGAAGAGGUCCAGCGCCGACGAAAACUAGUGGAUGAUGUCGGGGCUGAGAUAGAGAAAAUGAGACAAGAGCUACAGAGGGCGGUCACGAACUCUGCAGCAAGUGAGACCGUGAAUUCAGUAUCUGGGCUUCCCAACCCUGCGGAAUUCGACACUGCUCUCUCUCCUUCUGAGGACAGAGAAGACUACUACGCUGCCAUGGAGCAGCAACGGCAGAUGGAGCUCAUGCAUGAACAAGACGAACAGCUAGAUGGAGUGUUCCGUACCGUGGGCAAUUUACGACAGCAGGCCAAUGACAUGGGAAGAGAACUGGAAGAACAAGCAGUUAUGAUUGGGGAAGUCGAUACGUUGGCUGACCGAGUGGGCGGCAAGUUACAGAGUGGGAUGUCGAAAAUCAAAUAUAUUGUGAGGAAAAACGAGGAUACGAUGUCCUCCUUUUGCAUCGCUGUGCUCAUAUUUGUGCUGGUCCUCCUGUUGAUUCUGGUCAUUGCGUUGUGA